AUGUUAAGUAUUGUUGAAAAAGACGUUGAUAAAGCUAUUGAAUCAGUUCAAGAAUAUUAUAAUAAUAUUGAAAAUAAUAUUGAUAAUGUUAUUGAACAAAUUCAAACUAUGAUUUCAAAUUCAACUGAUGAUCAAGUAAUAAAAACAAAUAUUCGUGAUACAAUAAAACCAUUUGCUAAACAAUAUAGUGAUAAACAUAAAGAUUUACAUGGUUCAAUAUCAAAAAUAGGUAAAACAAUUGAUAAAUGUUUUCAAUCGGAUUUUGGUAAUGUUCCUAUAUUUGAAUUAUUUGAUAAGCCUGAAAAAUUAAAAUUAAUUUAUAUGAUUAUAUGUGAAGAUUUAUAUCGACAAGGACGUAUGUCAAUAGCUCAACAAUUAAUUGAAGAAACAAAUUUAAAAGAUAAUGAUUUAUUUAAUGUUGAAAAAAAUUUUUUAGAAGAAAUAAAUAUGAUUUUAGAAAAUUUACGUGAAAAAAAUCUUUUACCAGCUCUUGAUUGGUGUCAAAGAAAAAAGAAUGAAUUAAAUCAAACAGGAAGUUUAUUAGAGUUUCAUUUACAUAAAAUGCGUUUUAUACAAUUAUUACAAAUGGGAAAUUUUGAUGAAGCAAAAAAUUAUAUGUCAAAUUUAAGACAAUAUUCAAUUUUAAAUGGUCGAUGUGAACAAGCCGUUAAUGAAUUAAUGGGUGCAUUAAUAUUUGCUCAAAGAGAUUUAACCAAAUCACCAUAUAAAUAUUUACUUGAACCACAUCUUUGGUUACAAUUAUCAGAAUUAUUUAUGCAGCAAGCUUUCCAACAAGUUGGACUUUCACAAGAUAGUCCACUUUAUGUUGUUAUGAAAAUUGGUUUUCAAGCUUUACCUGCUCUCAUGAGCAUUGUAAAUGCCAUGCAGAAUACUCAAGUAUGUCAUAUAUUAUCAAAAGAUGAGUUACCAAUUGAAAUGGAUGUUGGUCAAGAACAUCGAUAUCAUAGUGUAUUUGCUUGUCCAAUUCUUCGACAACAAAUAACAGAUCAAAAUCCACCAAUGAAACUUGUUUGUGGUCAUGUUAUAUCAAAAGAUGCAUUAAAUAAAUUAUCCAUACAAAAUAAACUUAAGUGUCCAUAUUGUCCAUUAGUUCCUCGAGAUGUGUUGCACCGUCUGCUCGAGGGAUUUCAACCAACUGAUACAAAAAAAAGUGAUGGUGACGGGCAAAAUUCAACAAAUCAUUCGGCACUCACGCCAGAGCCUAAAGCAUCGCCGGUGAUUGGAAUUGGUCUUGAUUCUUGUGUUCUUCCAUUACGCCACGGAGGUCUUUUUCUAGUACAAUCAACAGAUUUUUUUUACCCGCUUAUCGAUGAUCCAUAUGUGAUGGGAAAAAUUGCAUGUGCUAAUGUAUUAAGUGAUAUUUAUGCAAUGGGUGUGAUCGAAAUAGACAAUAUGUUAAUGUUAUUAAGUACAAGUAAUAAAAUGACUGAAAAAGAACGUGAUACAAUUAUGCCAUUGCUUCUUGAGGGAUUUAAAGAUUGUGCUCAAGAAGCAGGUACAUCCGUCCAAGGUGGUCAAACCGUUGUUAACCCAUGGUUAAUUGUCGGUGGUGUUGCCACUUCUGUAUGUAUACAAAGUGAAAUAAUCAUUCCAGAAAAUGCAGUUGUAGGUGAUGUAUUAGUAUUAACAAAGCCAUUAGGAACCCAAGUUGCUGUGAAUGCUCAUCAAUGGAUUGAAAAUCCAGAUCGAUGGAAUCGUAUUAAAUCUGUCGUCACGGAAGAUGAUGUUCAAAAAGCAUAUCAACGUGCCAUGAAUUCAAUGUCUCGAUUAAAUAAAAUUGGUGGAAUACUUAUGCAUAAAUAUAAUGCUCAUGCAUGUACAGAUGUAACUGGUUUUGGUCUACUCGGUCAUGCUGAAAAUUUAGUUAAAUAUCAAAAAAAUGAUGUUUCAUUUGUUAUACAUAAUUUACCAAUUAUAGCUAAAAUGGCAACAAUAAGUAAAACUCUUAAUAAUGGAUUUGGUUUAUUACUAGGUAAAAGUGCCGAAACAUCAGGUGGUUUACUUGUCAUUUUACCAUAUGACCAAGCAGCUGCUUAUUGUAAAGAUAUUCAAGAACAAGAAGGUUAUCAAGCAUGGAUUAUUGGUGUAGUUGAAAAGGGUGAUCGAACAGCAAAAAUUAUUGAUAAACCAAGAAUAAUUGAAGUACCAGAAAAAGAUACCGAAGGCAAAUUAUGGUAA